AUGGGUAAGCCUAGGGGUCUCUAUACAGCGCGCAAGCAGGUCACCACCCGCCGCGACAACAAGUGGAGCGAUGCCCACUUCAAGAAGCGUGCUCUGGGCAACUUCUACAAGACCUCGCCUACCGGUGGCUCGUCGCAGGCCAAGGGUAUCGUUCUUGAGAAGAUCGGUGUUGAGGCCAAGCAGCCCAACUCGGCUAUCCGCAAGUGUGUGCGUGUCCAGCUCAUCAAGAACGGUAAGAAGGUGUCGGCCUUCGUGCCCUUCGACGGUUGUCUGAACUUUGUCGACGAGAACGACGAGGUUCUCAUCGAGGGUUUCGGUCGUAAGGGUAAGGCCAAGGGUGAUAUUCCCGGUGUGCGUUUCAAGGUUGUGAAGGUGUCGGGUGUCGGUCUUGCGGCCCUCUUCAAGGAGAAGAAGGAGAAGCCCCGUUCGUAA